CCACUCGAAUGUUCUGCAACCCCGUCCAGUUAUUAUCCACUGGUCUUGGGGGCGUAGGAGCUAGGGCACCAAUCCACAACUGCAGCUGCGCCCAAUCCUCCAUUCCUCCCAGUUCCACUCCCGUGCCAUCGCCGCCGCCACGGCAGCGCCUCCGCUUCCAUCGCCGCCGGCCGUGCUUCGCCAAUCGCCAGAUCCAAAGAAUCCAGAUGGAGGCAGCCCCUAAGAAGAGCAACCCGGCGGACAGCCUCACAGUGAAUCUCCUUGUCGAGAUCCUCCGCCGCCUUCCCGUCCGCUCCUUGUGCCGCUUCAAGUGCGUCUCUCGUUCCUGGUACAGGCUCAUCUCCAAUCCCCACCACCGCAUGCCCCAGACUCUCGCGGGCUUCUUCUACCACAGCUUCAACGGCGAGCGAUUUCCUAGGCGGGCGCACCACUUCACCAAUGUCACCGGAAAAGGCGUACCUUUCAUCUACCCCUCCUUCUCCUUCUUGCCCGUACCCAGUAAGGAUGUCGUCCUCAGAGAUUCCUGCAACGGCCUCCUCCUCUGUACUUGCUAUGAGCCUAGUCCUAAUGACGGCAACAAUUUCCAUUACGUCGUCUGCAAUCCGGCGACCAAGAAGUGGCUGAUGUUUCCGGGUGGCAAUUGGGAUGCUGACUGUGUUCGCACUGCUCGCCUGGGAUUUGAUCCAACAGUUUCUUCGCACUUUCAUGUGAUCGAAUGCGUGGUGGACCCGAGUGAUGACUGCGUCAUAGGUGUGAAGAUAUACUCAUCCAAAACUGCAACAUGGAACUUUAAGGAAAGUCAAAGUAAAUGGGGCGAUGGUGUUAUGCUAGAUGAUACAUCAAGAAGUGUCUUUCUUAACGGUUUCAUGCACAUGCUUACAUACGCUUCUGGGAUAAUCGUUGUGGAUAUGGAGGGAAAGAUAUGGAGAAAAAUUCCUAUGCGAGGUGCUGAUUUAAGUGGUGGCUCCAUCCAUCAAACUCAGGGUCGCUUGUGCUUGCUUAAUGUUGAUAUUCACAAUCCCUCCAAUCUUUCAAUCUGGAUACUUGAAGACCAUGGUAGUAAUAAAUGGACAUUGAAACAUACUGUCAGCACUAUGCGACUGUUUCGACAGAAAAAUAUUCAGUUUGAUGGUCCUGGGGGCUACAACGUAAUUGCAGUUCACCCAGAAUGCAAUUUGAUUUUCUUUGUUUAUGGGUGGGAUCAAACACUGAUGGCAUAUGAAGUGGACCGCAAAGUUCGUGUCAUCCGCAAACUUGGACGUGACUGCUCAGGUCCCUAUCUUCCGUAUGUUCCCUUGUUCUUGGAGCAAUUAGCAGAGUAGUAAUCAUUGUAUCUGUGUUUGUUAUGGCUAUGUCUAGUUCUCACAACAGUUGGUUGAGCAGACUGCUUGAAAUAUGAUGUUGUAUCUGUUGGUGUUGGCUUGGACCAAUGUACUAAUGUUGUUUAAUUGUUUGAGGCCAUGUUAAUGGUCUCUAGGAA